AUGUAAUUAUUAAUUAAAAGAAAAUUAAAAAAAAUAUAUUCACUUUCCUUUUUCUUUCCUUUUGACUUUUAAGCGAAGAAUCGAUUCUGCGUCAACUCAUACAUUUCCACGUCCAAGUUUUUCUCUGUUCAGACUGUCCUCAUUAUUCUAUCAUCCUCGCCAGUCGCGACCGCCUCUUCUUUAUCUUCCUCCAACCCGGACACUUCCUUGUCUCUCAGGUCACAGCUUCCAUUACAUCCCUAGCAUAUAAGAGUUACCGUGGAGAAGCUAGGUCAGAAGAUUGAGAUAAAGAUGAGCGAUCUCUAUUCGGGUUGUACCCAUUUAAUUUAGAGUGCUAUGAUAAGUGAACUAUUGGUUUUAAUUCCAUUGUGACGUGUGAAGUGAAAGUUGGACCUGCUUCGUGAAACAAUGGCAUCAAGUCGAAAUCCUGAAAUCAGGAAGGAUACAGUGUUUAACCGUUGGGUCAUCUUCUCUCCUGCCAGAGCAAAAAGGCCUUCCGACUUCAAAUCCAAAUCCCCUGCUAAUCCUAACAAUAAUGCAUCGAAGUGCCCUUUUUGUGCUGGUAAUGAACAUGAAUGUGCACCAGAGAUCUUUAGGAUCCCUAGAGACUUUACAUCCGAUUGGAAGAUCAGAGUCAUUGAAAACCUCUAUCCAGCACUCAGCAGGGAUGAAAGACAACAGCAACAGCUUCAAAACCCUAAACCCAAUGCCCAUAACCAGUGCACUUUAAGUGGAUUUGGAUUUCAUGACGUGGUCAUUGAAACUCCCACCCAUACCGUUCAAUUGUUCGAUCUCUCUGCCACAGAAAUUGGUGAGGUUCUUCUUGCUUACAAGGAGAGGAUUAAACAGCUUGAGUGCCACGAAUCAAUAAAAUAUGUUCAGGUGUUCAAGAAUUAUGGUGCAUCAGCUGGAGCAUCUCUUAGUCAUUCUCACAGUCAGAUCAUUGCUCUUCCUAUCAUUCCUCCCUCUGUUUCUAUCCGGCUUGACAGUAUGAAGGAGUAUUUUGAUAGGACAGGAAAAUGUAGCCUCUGUGAGAUUCAACCUGAGGAACUUUUAAUCAAGCAGUCAACCCACUUCAUUUCAGUGGUUCCAUUUGCAGCUUCAUUUCCGUUUGAGAUCUGGAUCAUUCCCAAUGAUCAUUUGUCUCAUUUCCAUGAACUAGAUGAUGAGAAGACAGUAGAUUUUGGGGGACUAUUGAAGCUAAUGCUGUUGAAGCUAUCACGUCAGUUGAACGACCCGCCAUUCAACUUCAUGAUUCACACUUCUCCACUUCAUGCUGGAGUCUCUCAACUUCCCUACUCCCACUGGUUCCUUCAGAUUGUGCCUCAACUAACCACUAGUGCUGGUUUUGAGAUGGCAACUGGGUGUAACAUAAAUCCUGUUUUUCCUGAGGAUGCUGCAAAAGUUCUGAGAGAAGUAAAUGUCCUGAUGUAGCCACGUGGUCAUGUUUGUAUUCUUUCAUGUAAACUCAUUUAAGUGAGAGAAAGUAUUUAGUUGUACGAGUAAUCUCAGUGAGAAGCCAUCUCACACACGCAGACACCUCUUGAACACAUUAUUUGUCUGAAGAACUGCCAGAAUUAUUCCCUAUUAUGAAGAAAUCUUGAUACACACAAGUUUUCUGUUUCUUCUGGGAAAGAUUUUUGUAUUUGCUUGUCUUUUUGUUUCUGCUGGACAAGAUCUGUGGAUUAAGUAUUAUGAAUUCAAAAAAGAACAUAUGAUUGCAGAAUA